CACGACACAACAACAACAGCAGCAGCACAGCAACAACAACAAUCUGUAUAAACAUGGCGGUGUCUCAGUGCUUAACUUCGUUACAUUAGUUAUACAUUUUAAUUUUAAUAUGAGACGCAUUAUUGUACUAAUCUAAGUGUGUACCUACUUGUCUAGUGACUGUAAGCUACUGGCUGCAGUAGUAUGGCUGAUACCAGGGGAGGGCAUCAUAAGUGGCUGUCUACAGGUUCCCUUUGCCUUAGCCUUGAAGACGAAACAAAGACCAAUUUGGACGAAGAAGACAUGGGACCUUCAUCUAGAAGUCCCCCCUCUAAUGAGGAACCAAGGGGUAAAAAAUAUGGUUCAGCAAUGAAACACCUCCUUCCUUAUCGUAAAGCUCCUCCAGACAGCCAAGUAAUGCCUGGCAAUUCGUCUGGCUUAUUUUCAUUCAUUGCUGUGUCUUGGAUGACAAAACUCAUGUGGAAGGCUUAUCGUCAUGGACUGAGUCAAGAUGAUUUAUAUGAACUUCAUCCUGCUGACCGAGCUGAAGCAAGUUCCUGUCGACUUGAAAACUCAUGGCACAACCGUGUUCGCCAGCAGGGAUUUGAAGCAUCACUUUUUUCUGUUAUGUGGCGUAUCGUCAGAACAAGAGCUAUUGUGGCUACUGUCUUGAUGGUUCUGGCUGUCAUAUUUCAAUUCCUUGGUCCAGCUAUUUUACAACGCCUGAUCCUUCAAUAUGUCGAUGAUGAAUCUCAACCUCUUUCGUGGGGCUUGACCCUUGUUGGAUUUCUAUUUGCUGUGCAAUUGUUACGAAAUUAUUGUUUUGGGGCAGCUUAUGUAAUGGGCUUACACACAGCAAUUCGUAUACAAGGCUCUAUUCAACACCUUGUUUACAAGAAAAUGCUGCUACUUCGGUCUGGUGGAGAGAGAACUUUGGGCCAAAUAAUAACGUUUUGUACAAAUGAGCAAGAGAGGGUAUUUGAAGCUGCUCACAUGGGAGUUCUCAUUUUAGGAACUCCUGUCAUGUUCACUAUGUGUGUUAUCUAUUCAGUCUGGGUGCUAGGACCAUGGGCAUUAGUAGGAAAUUUAGUUAUACUGCUGUUUUACCCUGUGAUGGCCGGCGUUGCAAGUUUAACCAGCAUGGUGCGAAUCAAAACAGUGCAAGUCACUGACAAGCGUAUUGGAUUAAUGAAUGAAAUUCUGAACAGUAUAAGGCUUAUAAAAAUGUAUGCUUGGGAGGACAGCUUUGCUAAAAAUAUAUGCAGUGUACGAGAGUUAGAAAGACAGCAACUACAAAAGGCAGCAUUCUUGCAGUCUUUUAGCAAUACUAUUACUCCUUCCAUAACAAUUUUAGCCUCGAUUGCCACAUUCCUUGGAUACAGUUUAACAGGCAACAACUUAUAUACAGCGGAAGCCUUUACAAUUUAUGCCAUUUUUACUGCAAUGCAGUUCACUGUUGGCACUCUUCCUUAUGGUAUUAAGUGCUUGGCUGAAGCAAAGGUGUCAUGCAAUAAAAUUCAAAAGUUUCUUCAGCGCCCCAACUUUGAGUCAACAAAGAAUACUGGAGGAGUAUCAAGCAAUGGUCAAGUUAUUGAGAUCAGAAAUGCAACUUUCAUUUGGGAUGAUGAUGAACCUGGAUCUAAAUCAAAAGCUGAGGUAAAACAAACUAAAUCUACAAAGACUGCUCUAAAAGAUUCUGCCAAUGGAUUGAAAUAUAAGAAUGGUCAGCUGGAAGCUGAUGGGCUUCUACAUCCCUCUGACAGACCUGAAAUUAUUUUUGAGCCUCUCAGAGAUAUUACAUUGACGGUUGAACAAGGGAGGCUACUUGGUAUUUGUGGAUCAGUUGGUGCUGGAAAAAGCUCUUUGCUGGCAGCAAUAACAGGAGAUAUGAUACGUCUGCAAGGUGACCUUUCUGUUCAUGGCAGUGUAGCUUUAGUUUCUCAGCAAGCUUGGAUUUUUAACGAAACUCUUCGUGAAAAUAUUCUUUUUGGACUCCCGUAUGAUGAGGAGCGGUACAAAGAUGUUAUCAAUGUCUGCUCAUUACAAAGAGAUCUAGACUUGUUAUCAAAUGGUGAUAUGACAGAAAUAGGAGAGAGGGGAUCGAAUCUCAGUGGAGGUCAAAAACAAAGAGUUAAUUUGGCUCGUGCUGUAUAUGCUAAUAAAGAUGUGUACUUGCUGGAUGAUCCACUCAGUGCUGUUGAUGCUCGGGUUGCAAGGCAUAUAUUUUCGAAGUGCAUUAAGGGAAAGCUUAGUGGCAAGACAAUUUUGCUUGUAACUCAUGGCUUGCAGUUCCUGGCUGAGUGUGAUGAAGUUAUUUACUUGAAAGAAGGCUCUAUCACAGAAAGGGGAAGUCAUUCUGAAUUAUCAAAAGCCUCAGGAGACUACAGCCAGAUGUUGACUUUUGAUCAUGCUCGUGCUGUUAAAAAACAAAACAGUGCUGACGAUACAGAUUUGAAAACAACUGAUGAUGUUCUUCCUGAUGAACUUGGUGGGAAUCUGACAUCAGCAGAAGAACACAAAUCUCUGGGACUCCAAGGAUACCUUCAAUACUUUGUUUUCUGCGGUGGUUACUUUAUUAUGCUGUCUCUUUUGCUACUUGUAUUGCUCUUUACUUUGGCACGUUUAUUCUCUGGUAUUUGGCUUCAAACAUGGCUUGACAAAGGGGAUGGACUCGAGGCAGAAAGGAGGAAUAAUAUGACCUUGUUCAAUGUAACAUACAACAAUGACAAACUCAAGGGGCUGGUUAAUGACAAUCCAGAGAGGGCUUUUUACCAACUAGUCUAUGGACUAACUUUUAUAAUUACUAUUUUCAUUGGUAUAUGUAAGGGUUGGGGUAUUGCUAGACAACUUCUCCUUGGAUCAUCUCGUUUGCACGAUACCAUGUUUCGUAAGACCAUACGCUGCCCUAUCUCGUUCUUUGAUGUGACUCCUACUGGCAGGAUUUUACAGAGAUUUUCCAAAGAUAUGGAUGAAUUGGAUGUUCGAAUUCCUUUCUUUUUUGAGUUUGUUUGGCAAGGUCUGCUGUUUUGUGCCACACAAAUGCUGCUUAUUUGUUUCAUAUUUCCCAUAUUCAGCUUUGCUCUGGCUAUUGCCGCUGCCUUGUUUGCAUUCCUUGAUAUUUGGCUGAACAAAGGACUGAAAGAAACUAAACGUUUAGACAAUCUGCGCAAGUCACCAGUUCUGAAUCACAUCACAUCCACAAUGGCUGGGUUGUCUGUUAUCCGUACAUUUGGUCGUCAAAGGGUGUUCUUAGAGCGCUUUUGUGCUCGUCUCAAUAGGUCCCUUGCUUCAGAUCUUAUAUAUCGUUCUUCAGUCCGUUGGUUCACAUUCAGAAUGGAUAUGAUUGCUGUUGUUAUGGUCACCUUAACAGGACUGGUGGUUGUUUGUUUACGGGGAACAGUGACCUCUGCCCAGAGUGGUCUAGCCUUAUCUUGUGUUUUUGCAGUGUGUACUUUUAUUCCAUAUGUGAUGCAGCUUAAGUCAGAGUUUCAAUCAAGGUUCACAUCUGUUGAAAGAGUCUUGGAGUAUUCUUCUGACCUGCCAGAAGAAGGUCCUAAGCAUAUUCAAAACUCCCCAAAGCCUGUCAACUGGCCAGACAAGGGUGAGAUCAAAAUGGAAAAUGUACAAUUACGGUACCGGGAUGGGUUGCCCUUGGUUCUUCAAAAUGUAUCCCUUCACAUUUGUGGAGGAGAGAAAGUUGGUGUUGUUGGCCGCACUGGUGCAGGAAAAUCGUCUUUAAUAACAACUUUUCUGAGGCUCACAGAGCUCGCUGGAGGUCACAUUCUCAUUGACAAUGUGGACAUAUCCUCCCUAGGGUUGCAAGAAUUGCGCUCAGCAAUUGCUAUUAUUCCCCAAGAUCCAGUUCUUUUUGAAGGAACAUUAAGAUUUAAUCUUGACCCAUUUGGAGAGCACAAUGAUGAAAAAAUCUGGGAUGCCUUAGAGAAGUCUCAUCUAAAGGAGAAAUUAAGCCGGGAAGAAAAGCAACUAUUGACGCCUGUAAGUGCUGCUGGACAAAACCUUUCUGUGGGAGAAAAGCAGCUAAUCUGCCUGGCAAGAGCAGUUUUACGUCAAAAUAAGAUUUUGCUCCUUGAUGAAGCUACUGCAUCUGUGGAUGUUGAGACAGAUUUCUUGAUUCAGAGGACCAUUAGAGAGACCUUUAAGGGAUGCACUGUUAUCACAAUCGCUCAUCGACUACAUACAGUAUCAUCUUAUGACCGAGUUAUGGUUAUGGAUGCUGGGAAAGUGGUUGAAUUUGACAAACCCUCAACUCUUAUGUCAAACAGAGAGUCAGUGUUCUAUGGAAUGCUUGAAGCAGCUGGUGUAGCUAUGGAUCCUUCUCUGGAUUUGUCACCUGAUAGUCCUUCUCGUUAAUGUUUGCAAUGAGCAAAAUCCUAUUUUAUCUAACACGCCUCUUAAAUCAACAAUGUGCUACAAUAUGCUCUCUUUUUGAUCUAGUGUUACUAUGCAAUGUGCUCUCUCCUUAUCUUAGCAUUCAUUCUGAAAUGUUGCUUCAACCAGUGCGCUUGUCCUUGUCCCAGUGCAUUGACAGGAUUUGAAGCUUCCAUUGAUUCCCUUUUGUUUUCUAACUUAUCAUAACAUUUAAAAUAACUGCUGUUAAGAUCUGGAGCUUGAUGGCUGUGACAUAAUUGAAACAAGAAUCUCGUCUUUCUUUAUGAUGAGCUGAGUCCGUCCAAGCUCUUAAUAAAUAGAUCAUAGAAACAAGUUUGUUGCCGUCAUUUUCUUAACUUAUUAAAAUACAUACUUCGUUGUAACCUAACAUUUUUGAUGAUAUGUUUUGUAUUUUUUGUAUUCAUAUUUAUUAAAACAAUUUGUCCAUUUUGAGACAUAUUUACUUUGUGGCUUCCAAGUCAAGUGUUUCUUGUUUCAGUUUAAUUUUUGAAAAUUAAAGAAAUUGAAUGUGAUGUUUGAGGGUAUAAAAACAACAGCAAGAUAAGUACUUAAGACAUAUGUGAUGUUAAUACUGUUUAUUUGUAGUUGAUUUUUCUGUAUCCUAUCCUUGUGGCUAGUAACAGACACCAAAUAUUGUCCCUGUGGUUAAUUUCUAGAGUGCUCAUAUUUAUCUUUUUUAAUUUUAGCCAGGUCUUCACUUACUUCAUUCUUAUUAUUUAAGAAUUUGAAAUGAGUGGAGCGGACUGCAGGGUUGUAGUAGUAGCGUCAGCAUAACUGCUCAGCGUUCUAAGUGCCUCUGUUCUUGUUUUGAGGACCAAAGACGUUUUCUUUUAUCUUGAUGUAACUCCUGCAUUUUUUUGGCAGUUUACAUCUAACCUUGACUGUACUUAAGUUUUCACUGAUAGUUCUUGUUUCUUUACUGUUAUGCACAAAAUGACAAUAGAAAUGAAUAUGUAAGUGCUUCCAAAUGUGCCUUCACAAUUAGUCAAGAGGUUCUAGUUGAGUAGCACACAAACCUCCUCUCUAUAACGUACUUAUUAUGAAGUAUUAUAUAUUGGAGAUCUAGAUUUACUAUUAUUUCUUUAUUUGAAAUUAUUCUGUUUUUAACAGCUGUUUUAGUUUCCACUUUUUAUUUUAUUGCUGACCACUGUCUGGGCAUCUUCUCCAGAUUAUUACUCUUAGUGCAUGCCCAGUGACUAAAAGUUGAAUGUUGUGUACCUGUCAUUCUACAAGCACUAUACUUCUCUUCUCAAUCAACGUAUGAUCAGAAGGCACAAGUUCUUAAGUAUGUAUGUUCUAAGGGGAAAAGUGACCCAAAGAAUCCCUUUUUCCCUCCACAUACUUUGUCUCUCAGCUACUUAGACUAUUGACAGCAUUCCAAUUCUUAAAAGUUUAGGUGGACUGGUAGACUGGUGUUGGUUGAGUUUGCACCUAAGAUAAGACUUUAGAAUCUGUGUUUUGUUACAUUGCUUUGAGUGUUCUUUGCACCAAGAAAAGGAAAUAAAAAUUGUGUUAAAAUCUAAGUUUAUUAU